AUUACUUACUUACUUGAUUACCUAAGCCUGUUGCCCCUCGGGAAGGAACAUAAGCCUCCCACCAGAAUUCUCUGUGGAACUCUGCCCUGGGCAGCAAGGCCAAAUUAACAAGUAAAUUUAAAGUUUAUUUUAUUUUGAAAGUAGUUUAUACCUUAAAUAAACUUGAAAUAGAAGGUCAUUGAGAACCAGAGAACAUGGGUCUACCAGACCGAACCCAGCAACUUUAGAUUUCAUAUCAAGCGGGCACGCUACAUGCAAUUUAUUAUGACCUUGUAAAACUAAAUGCAUUAUUCUUAUUCCUCUUAAGCAGUUAUUUUUAAUAUUACAGAGUUUUUUUUAUUUUAUUCUUUUCAAGAUCACAACAUUAAAAAAAUGAUGAACUCACAUAACUGGUCUAGUUUUGACCAAACAGUUAUGUUUACUGAACAUUCAAAAGACUCCUCAUUCAAUGUUACAAAUGAUAAUUUAAACCCAAUAACUAUUUUUCAAAAUAACCAUGAAAUUCAUACAGAUUCAUUUCAUUCAAACUCAGUAAAUUUUAUGCAUGAUGAAUUGAAGCAACAGGAUCAUUCAUUUAUUUCAACUAAGAAUGUUCAACGUGCUGAUGUAACGAAAAAACAUCAGAAAUGCGCUAUAUCUGAUAAUGUUAGUUCACAAUGUUUUAUUGAACCCUCAUUAGUUGUUCCAACUGGUAUAAGACGUCGUGGUCCUAAAAAGAAGCCAGACUCACAAGAACGUGUUGUCAGAAUGAAAAUGAGACGAGCUAGAGCUAAUGCACGUGAACGUAGCCGAAUGCAUGGAUUAAAUUCAGCAUUAGAUGCCUUAAGACAACACAUACCAUCUGCUUUAAUCGGUGGAUAUAUUUCCUUUGAUCUUGAUAAAAAAGAUGACACAACUGAGUGUACUACUCAUACUAAUCAAAAACAAAAUGAAAGUAAUAAAUUAUUCACAAAAAAUCAUCAAACCAACAACUCAAUAAAUCAAAUAAACAACAACAAUAAUAAUGUUAAUGAUUUUCAUCAAUUUGGUCAAAAAUUAAGUAAAAUUGAAACGCUUCGUUUAGCUUGUAAUUACAUUGGUCUAUUAGCUUCAAUAUUAAAUGAUAUACACUUUGAAUCAAUAACAGAUAUUAUAAAAUAUUUAUGUCAUGGUUUAUCACAGAUAACAACCAAUCAGAUUGCAGCUGCUUUACAAAAUGAUCCUUCUAGAUUAAUGAAGCAUCAAGUGUCUGAUAAUAAUGAAAAUAAGUUAUUAUAUGAUAAUUCUUAUAAAUCAUCAUCCACUUCAUCACCAAUUGAUGAUGAUGUUAAUUAUACGGAAAAUAUUCAACAAAAUGUUAUAAGGUCAAAUUUAUUACAAAAUAAACUAAGCGAUAAACAAUUAGUGAACCAUUUAGAUUAUUAUUAUUAUUAUUCAACUAAUGUUUCAUUGACCAUACCAACUAAUCCGUCUACAUCAAUUUCAAAUUGUAGUCAAUCUAUGGGAAAUUGUUCAUCGAAUUGUACAGAAUUAUUAAAAUCUCAAAAUUAUUUAUUAAAUAAUAAAUUAUAUGAUUUUGAAAAUGUAUAUGAUUGUGAACAUAAUGAAAUGAAUGAAUAUAAUUUAACAAUUCCUUAUUUACCUACGAAUUAUAAUGAAACUAUUGAUAGUAAUCCAUUAAAUGAAUCAGUUAAUCAUGAAAAUUGGUUUAAUAAAACAAAAUUACAGUUACUUAAUAAUGAAGAAAUAAAUUUUAUUACUCCUUUGGAAACUAAUGAUUCAAUUCAUAUUUCAACUGAUUCAAAGGAAUCAAUUUUAAAUUCAGAUUUUGAUCUAAAAUCUUAUUCAUAUUAUUAUCAUCAUCAUUUAAAUGAUCAUUAUUAUGAUUCAUAUUGAAUAAUGAA